AUGGGAGUAGAGGAUGGGAGGAGAGGAUGGGAGGAGAGGGUGGGAGGAGAGGAUGGGAGGAGAGGAUGGGAGGAGAGGAUGGGAGGAGAGGAUGGGAGGAGAGGAUGGGAGGAGAGGAAGGGAGGAGAGGAUGGGAGGAGAGGAUGGGAGGAGAGGAUGGGAGGAGAGGAUGGGAGGAGAGGAAGGGAGGAGAGGAGAGGAGGAGAGGGGAGGAUGGGAGGAGAGGAUAGGAGGGGAGGAUGGGAGGAGAGGAUAGGAGGAGAGGAAGGGAGGAGAGGAAAGGAGGAGAGGAUGGGAGGGGAGGAUGGGAGGAGAGGAUAG